CGCGAGUUCGCCGCUUUAAAGAUGGCGGCGGACCCCGUGAGGAAGCGUCCCCAUCUGGAGCGGGGCUCUGCGGACGAUGCGGGGUUUGAUCCCCGGCGCGCCGGGAAGAGGCGGCUGGUGGUGAUCCUGGAGGGGGCGUCGCUGGAGAGCGUCAAGGUUGGGAAAACAUAUGAAUUGCUUAAUUGUGACAAGCAUAAAUCCUUGCUUCUGAGGAAUGGCAGAGACCCUGGAGGAGUUCGACCAGACAUCGCCCACCAGAGUCUCUUGAUGCUUAUGGAUAGCCCUUUGAAUCGAGCUGGCCUUCUCCAAGUAUAUAUUCAUACAGAAAAAAACGUUCUUAUUGAAGUCAAUCCACAGACAAGAAUUCCUCGCACCUUUGAUCGAUUUUGUGGUCUUAUGGUUCAAUUGUUGCAUAAGUUUAGUGUCAGAGCUGCCGAUGGACCUCAAAAGCUGUUAAAGGUGAUCAAGAACCCAGUGACAGAUCACCUCCCUGUGGGCUGUGCAAAAAUAGGCACCUCGUUCUCAGCCCCUCAGGUGACAGACAUGCGUGACCUAGUCCCUACUGCAGAUCCUAUAGCCAUAAUUGUGGGGGCGUUUGCUCAUGGAUCGCUUAAUGUUGACUACACAGAAAAGACCAUCUCUAUCAGCAACUAUCCACUCUCUGCUGCUUUGACUUGUGCUAAAAUCACCACAGCUUUUGAAGAAAUGUGGGGAGUGGUAUAAGCUUCCUGUUUUGCUUACAGAUUCGUAGCCUAUGAUUUGGUCCAACAGACUCUAUAUUGUAAAUGUUAUGUACUAUACCCUUAUUUAUGGGAAAUACAUCAAUACUUUGUAGUAAAUAAAGAAUUUUUUUAUAUA